GCAGGUUAGGGCUCCUGCUCUGCUGGCAGAAAGGGGCUCGUAGGAGGCGACGCCAAAGGGCACCGAUACAUCUUACGGUGCAAAGAUAAUACAUAUAAAUAAAUAUACAUAAAAGGGGCAGGUUCAAGGUUCGACAUCAAGGAAAAACGCACUAAACUCGCUGACCACGUCAAUCCGGGAAAUUCUUGAUAUUCUGUAAAAAGGUCCGUCUGUGAAGAGUAGCCAUGCUGCCCCACUCUGCACUCGUUCUGCUGCUCUGUGUGACUCACCUGUUUACCCCCUGCCCUGCCCUGCCCUUUGAGCAGAAGGGAUUCUGGGACUUUGGGAUGGACAGUGACAUCGGUGACCUGAUGAAGAUGAUGAGGGAUGAAGAGGAAGGAUCUGCCAUUGAGGAACUGCCCCGCCCUAAACACGAGCCCACCUGCCCCUUUGGGUGCCAGUGUCACCUGCGUGUGGUGCAGUGCUCAGACUUGAGCCUCACUGCUGUCCCGUAUGACAUCCCUGCUGACACCAGGCUGCUGGACCUGCAGAACAACUACAUCACAGAGCUGAGAGAGAACGACUUCAAGGGGCUCACCAACCUCUAUGCCCUGGUUCUGAGGAAUAAUCAGAUCUCCAAGGUGCACCCCCGGGCCUUCGCCCCGCUCCAGCGUAUGCAGAAGCUCUACUUCUCCCACAACCACCUCACGGCCAUGCCCAAAAACCUGCCCCCCUCCCUGGAGGAACUGCGCAUCCAUGACAACCGCAUCCGGAAGAUCCCUGCCGGGACCUUUGCCAACCUGAGGAACAUGAACUGCAUUGAAAUGGGAGGAAACCCCCUUCACAACAGCGGUUUCGAACCCGGAGCUUUUAAAGGACUCAAGCUGAGCUAUCUUCGUAUCUCUGAGGCUAAACUAACAGGCGUUCCCAAAGACCUCCCAGAAAGUCUGCACGAGCUUCAUUUGGACCACAACCAGAUUCAGGCCAUAGAACUGGAGGACUUGAGCCGGUACACAAACCUGAACAGACUGGGCCUGGGCUAUAACCAUAUUCGGAAUAUUGAAGCUGGCAGUUUGCAUUACAUGCCUUACCUGAGAGAACUCCACAUAGACAACAACCGACUCAACAAUGUUCCGGCAGGCCUCCCCGAAAUGAAAUACCUCCAGGUGGUCUAUCUCCAUGCCAACAACAUCAGCCGCAUCGACAUCAACGACUUCUGCCCCCUGGGCUUCGGCAUGAAGAGGACCUUCUACAACGGCAUCAGUCUCUUCUCCAAUCCCAUCAACUACUGGGAGGUGCAGCCUGCCACCUUCCGCUGUGUGAGCGACAGCCUUGCCAUUCAGUUCGGCAACAACAGGAAGUAGAGGAAAGGGGCGGGGGUAGUGAGAGAGAAAGGAAGCGAGAGUGUGGGUGAGAGAGAGUGUAAAACAGAGAGGAGGAAGGGAGAGAAGGCAAAAGACAGAGACAAGCCGGCGAGGAGGAACCAAAUUGCCACAAUUCAAGGUUUAAAAAACCCACGUGUCGAGCCUCACAGAGGUGGCGAUGAUGGAGGAAAAACUGAUGGUGAUUUUUUAUCCAUUUCUGUGAACUUUACACAAAAACAGAAGCAUUAAGAAAUUGGGAGGGGACAGAGAUGCUUAGAUAUAUAGAGAUAUAUGGGAGGGAUCAUAUGUUCAGUGAUAUGAAUCAAUCAUUGUGUUCUGUUCUAGGGAGAACAUUAUUUUUAUUUGUCCAAAGAAAUCAGUGGCUGACAGCUCAUUGUAGCUCCACCGUUGACGGGGGUCAUGACACCUCUCUCCCCCACCAGUAUGGGGAACUUCAUCCAUCCUUAUCAUUUUCUUUAGGUUAAAUGCAAACAUACCCCCUGAUAAACUGUAUUUGUGAUUUCCUGUUACAGUUCAUCAAACUGGCAACCGUGCACAACAUUUAGAAUCUUGUCAUUCAAGAAAAGCAUUACAGAGCAUGACUUAUUCAUCGAACAAAUUCUGAUGCUGUGACACUUUUCUUAUAAACCUUUUAAUGAA